AUGGCCAACGACAAAAGCACCGUAGUCCAUUCGACGACCAUCAGUGAAUUUAAUCCAAGCGAAGACAAAUGGGGCAUUUGGAAAGAGCGUUUGGACAUUCACUUCACCGAAAUAAAUUGCACCGAUGAAAAAGCAAAAAAAGCGAUUUUAUUAAAAUCAAUUGGAUCUUCAGCAUAUGAACUAUUACGCAGUCUAUGUGAUCCAAAGACGCCAGUGAAUAUAGAUUUGAGUGAGCUGUGCGACAUUUUGGAAUCUCACUUCACACCUCCAACUAUUGUAUAUCAUGAACGUAAAAAUUUCCAUGACGCCAUUCGCAACGAAAACGAAAGUGUGUCAACAUGGUAUGCUCGUAUCAAGAAGCUGGCUCUGCAAUACGAAAAUUUGUCAUUGGCCGAUGCUCUUAAAAAAGCGAUGAUAUUUGAAACGAAAUUUGCGAUGAAAGUUAACACGGAUUCCGAAGUUAACUACAUGAGUUCAAAAAAAGGACAAAAACCUCGCAACAAAUGCAACAACAACAACAACCGUAAAACACCAGUACAACCGCCUGGCAAGAAAACCGCCUGUACGCGAUGUGGAUGGAAGACACAUGAGGCCACUACAUGUCCAUACAAGGAAGCUACGUGCCAUACCUGUUCAAAGAAGGGUCAUUUAAGUAGCGUUUGCCGCUCCAAACAGGAAAAUAACAAGAAAAAUUUCAAUUUUAUUAAUUCUUCUAAUUCAAACCCAUAUGUAAAUUCUAUUUCUAAUGGCAAUUCGUUUGAUUUUUCUUUAUACAGUGAUGAUGAAUCUAGCGGCAUGUAUUGUUUGAAGGUCAAGUUCAGUGGCACAAUGAUGGACAUUGCAUGUGAUACGGGGGCACCGCGCACAUUUGUUCCGAAGACUUUCUACAAGCAUUUAUCACAGUAUCCGCUAACAGCUUCAAGUAUUACUUAUGAGGACACCAGCAAAUGUAUUACAGUUGUAGUGACCGAUGCAAACGCACCACCUUUAUUAGGUAGAAAUUUUCUACGUGCAUUUAAAUUUUUGCUAGUGCAAAUGGAUCAAAAUCAUGAGAACCUUGUUCACUCGAUUCGAUCUCCAGAGAAUCGAAGUUUGUCCGUAAUUGUAGACCAAAUUAAAAGUCAAUUUUCAGAACUUUUCGAUGGCCAAUUGGGCAAAUAUACUGUUUGUGAAAUUUCAUUGCAAAUUGAUAGUCAAGCCAAGCCGGUAUUUUGUAAGCCACGACCAAUUCCAAUUGCUUGGAAGUCUGAAAUUGAACAAAAUCUGAGAGAUUUAGUUGCAAACGGCGUUCUUGAACAAAUUGAAACUGCGAAGUGGGGAACACCGUUAGUUCCCGUUCCUAAACCAGAUGGCAAAUUACGUGUUUGUGGUGACUACAAAACUACAAUUAACAAGUUUCUUGUUGAUGUUAAAUACCCAUUGCCUCUGAUCGAGGAAAUCUUCACAUCGUUACAAGGUGGAGAAUUAUUUAGUAAAUUAGACAUGAGUGCUGCCUAUAAUCAAUUGUGUUUGGAUGAAACAUCAUCUCUAUUGUGUGCUUGGAGUACUCAUAUUGGUACAUUUAAAAUGAAAAGAUUACCUUUUGGCGUAAAGCCGGCAGCUGCUAUUUUUCAAAUGCACAUGGAAAAUUUACUAAGGGGUAUCAAUGGCGUAGUUGUAUAUCAAGAUGAUAUCACAGUCACUGGAAGAGAUUUCAAAGACCAUCUCUUUAAUUUAAAAUCGGUUUUAAAAAAAAUGGCCGAUGCUGGUUUGAGAUUGAAUGCAGUUAAAUGCAUUUUCUUUCAAAAACAAAUUUCUUAUCUUGGUUUUACCAUUGAUAAAAAUGGUCUGCAUAAGAACAGAGAAAGAUUUGCGUCUAUUUUGGAUGCACCUAUUCCUAAAGAUAUUCAUGAAUUGAGAGCAUUUAUUGGCAUGGCUAAUUACUACUCACGCUUCAUAAAAGAUUUUUCAAAUAAAAUGAAUCCGUUGUACAUUUUGCUUCGGAAAGACGUUCAAUUCAUAUGGAACACAGAUUGUGAAAAGGCAUACGAUUUAAUAAAACAUGACAUUUCGUCAGAGCAAGUGAUGACUCAUUUCAAUCCAAAACUUCCAAUCGUUCUAACGACUGAUGCAUGCAAACAUUCUGUGGCAGGAGUCUUAUCACACCGGUUUCCGGAUGGGCUCAAACCCGUUGCUUUCAUUUCGAGAUCCUUAUCCAAAAGUGAAUUGAAUUACUCCGUCAUUGAAAAAGAAGCAUUAGCCAUAUUUUUCUCUGUCACUAAAUUGAAACAAUAUUUAUUGGGAAACUUUUUCACCAUCUCAACAGAUCAUAAACCCCUAUUAUCUAUUUUUGGUGAAACACACGGUUUACCUUUGAUGGCCGCAGCUCGCAUGCAGCGCUGGGCCCUGAUAUUGAGUGGUUUCAAUUAUGAAAUUAAAUAUGUAAAGGGCAUCGAUAAUGAGGCUGACAGUUUAUCACGUUUACCUCAGCUAUCGUACAUUGAAAAAUAUAAUGAUGCAAGCUAUAUAGAUUUGAUUGAAAAAGAUAAUGCUUUACGAAUAAAUUUUAAAAAUAUUGCCAUUGAAACGAGACGCGACCCCAUUCUCAGUAAACUUUUGGAAGCUAUCGAAAGCACCACUAUUGACAAAUUGGAUUCCAAUUUUGAUGUGUUCAAAAGCAAAUCACUUGAACUUACCGUCCAAUAUGGAUGCAUCAUGUGGGGGUUUCGAACGGUUGUGCCAACAAAACUUCGGCAAUAUAUUCUUAAUGAAUUACAUGCAUCCCAUAUGGGAGUAGUCAAAACCAAAUCAUUGGCAAGAUCAUACGUAUGGUGGCCAAAAAUUGAUUCUGAAAUUGAAAAUUUAAUAAAAAAAUGUGUUCCGUGUCAACAAUUGCAGGCAAAUUCACACACGAAAUGGGCUGAAGUUUUUAAAACAAAAAUAAUCACAUCUGCCUUUACUAUUGGUAAAUUGCGCGAGUUGUUUAGUCGCUAUGGAAUUCCAGACAAAAUUGUUAGCGACAAUGGAACUCAAUUCAAGUCUGCCGAAUUCAAUGACUUUACCACACCUAACAAUAUUGAACACAUUUUCACUUCCCCAGGUCAUGCCGCAACAAAUGGCCAGGCUGAGAAUUUUGUAAAAACGUUCAAAAAGUCAUUCAUUGCUAGUGUAAACAGUGCAAAGUCAAUGAAUUCAUCGCAUAAUAUAGACACGAUUAUAAAUCGAAUUUUGCUCGAUUAUCGUAACACAAUCCACUGUACAACAAAUGAAACGCCAGCGAAAUUAUUUUUUGGACGCACUUUGCGUACACGCUUCAGUAAUUUGCGACCACCAACCGUUAGUGAGGUAGUUGAAAGCAAGCAAAACAAACAAAUAAAAUAUUUCAAAGGCAAACGAAAUGUAACUUUUAAUAAAGGUCAAAAAGUUAUGAUUAGAAAUUACAAAGAUCCUAACAAUGCAUCAUGGUUGCCAGCAAAGAUUAAACAAAAAAUGGGUCCACGUACGUAUACUUGUGUCUACACACACAACAAUAAAGAAAUAAAUCGUCAUUUGGAUCAAAUUCGUGAUCAAUCUAUUGAUACAGAUAAACCUCUAUAUGAAGAUGUUAAGGCAAAUGCGACUGUGAUCAGUGUUUCUGAUGAGGGUUCAGGUAAUGAAUUGCAAUCGUCACCGUCAUCUAGCAACGAUUCUAAGGCUAAUGAUCCGGACUGGAUUCCAAAUGCAACUCGAAGCACUUCGGAUUCGGGCCAUCAUGAAAGACAAAGAAAAUUGCGCUCGUACAGAAAUCGUAAAGUUAGUUGA